ACUAAUUGUUGUGCAUUUCCUGGAUUCUAAUGCAGAAGCACGAGGGUUAUCCAUCAGGUUCGAUGGUUGACUUUGCUUGUGAUGCUUAUGGAUCUCCAAUAUUAGCUCUCAGUAACUUGGCAGUGCAUGCAAAGGACCUGUUAGCUAAUCCCAAAUGCUCACUGCUUGUCGCAAAAGAUCCAGAGGAUAGGUCUGACUUAGUUAUUACAGUACACGGCGAUGCAACUCCAGUCGAUGCGAUGGAAAGAGAUGCUGUUCGUUCUGCAUAUUUGGCUAAGCAUCCCAAUGCAUUUUGGGUUGACUUUGGUGACUUCCAAUUUCUGCGCAUUGAACCCAAAGUUGUACGAUAUGUCACAGGUGUUGCGACAGCUUUGUUGGGGUCGGGAGAAUUCAGCAAGGAGGAGUUUAGAACGGCCAAAGUGGAUCCCAUAUUUCAGUUUUCAAAGCCUAUAACUUCCCACAUGAAUAAGGAUCAUACAGAGGAUACAAAGCAGAUCGUGCAGCACUCUCUGUCAAUACCGGUGGAUUUUGCUUACAUGUUGGACGUAGAUAGUCUUGGUUUCAAUGUGAAGGCUGGCUGCCAAGGAGAGACAUUCAAAAUUCGAAUUCCUUUUACUAGACGUGCGGUGGACAGAAAGGAUGUUAAGACACUCAUAGUUGAAAUGCUUCAAUCAGCCAAGACUCAAGGAAAUUGAUUCCAUCUUUUUACUGGGAAUAAAGCAUCAGCAUGGAAGGGUAAAAUGAGAUGAUGUUGAACGUGUGAAUGCCUACGAACGUUCCCUUAGUAUGUAUAUUGGUUGGAGUGUGCGAGUGAAUAAGCAGUUGUUUGAAUCAGAUGGAUGUAAAAUCAGAAUCUUGCGAUGUCAGAUUUAGAAAGUCGGCUUGUGCAAAUUACCUAUAGAAUGUUUUAGAAAAUCUUAAUGCUAGAUAAAUUGUUCAACUA